AUGAAAAAUCUUUUUAUUAUAUUAAGCUAUCUGUUAACAGCUUCUGCAGGAGUAAUUCAAAAUGAUCAUUCAAAAUUUGUUGUAAACGGUAAAAUGAAUGGAGGUAAUAAAGUCCAGAAGCCGUUACCUGCUACUAAUUUAGAAUCUUUUGUUAUUCCUGUUGAAUUUAAUGUCAAGGAAGAAUCCACUGGUAACAAGAAUAAACAAAAUAAUAACAAAAAUGAAGUCUUUGAAAUGCAAAAAAAAAAUGGUGAAAAAGAAAAUAGUAAAAAUAAAAAAGAGGGAGAAAGUAUAGGGUCAAAAGAGAGUUCUAAGGAAGAGGUGACUCAGAAUACAAAACCAAAGCCCAGCUCUGUUCCAUAUUUUAAGUUAAAUGAGGAAAGGGAAGACGUAAAGGAAAAUCCAAAAGAAAAAGAUGUAAAAGAAGAAAAUUUUAACCCAAAACAAUUUGAAAAAUCUACACCAAUUUUAGAGAUUUGUAGAAAAUCUCAACAUAAUAUUGAAUCAAAAGAAUACUUAGAUAAUCUGCAAAGCCAAUGUGAUACGAUAAUGGGAACAAUAAAUAUUACUGGAUUUGAUGGUCCAUCCAUCAAUUUAGGUAAUAUAGAACAUAUUCAAGGUGAUUUGAUAAUACAAAACUGCCCAGAUACGGUAUCAAUUGAGGCACAUAAGUUAGUAAAUAUUGAUGGAAUGUUCGCUUUACAAAGCUUAACUUCACUUGUUACUUUAGAAAUUCCAGUUCUUGUCAGAGUUAAAAAAAUUGAAUGGAAAGUAGUACCAAUUUUAAAUUUUGUUAAUAUUAAUCAUAAUAUUAAAGAUAUUAUAUCAAUUGUGAUUUCUGAUACAUCCUUAUCAUCCAUUGAAGGUUUUAAUAAUAUUCAAGAAAUUGAAGUAUUCAAUAUUAAUAAUAACAGAUUUUUAGAAACUUUAGAUAGUAAUAUUAAGAAAGUUAAGAAUCAGCUAAGCGUACAUGCAAAUGCCAAAGAAUUAGAAUUAAGAAUGCCACUACUGGAAGAGGCUGAAAAUAUUACAAUUAGAGACACUUCAUUUGUAUCAUUCCCAAGAUUGAGAAAAGUAGAUAGCUCUCUGGAAUUCAUUGAAAAUAUGUUUACGAGUUUAGAAAUUCCAACACUUGAAACUGUUGGUGGUACCUUGGGUAUUAUUGAUAAUAGCAACCUAAACGUAGUCGAUUUUAUGAAUAUAACUUCAAUUCAAGGUGGUUUAAUGGUAUCAAAUAAUUCUCUCCUAACAACUUUGGAGUCAUUUCAAUCAUUAAAGCAGAUAGGAGGGGCCAUACAUUUUGAAGGCUCGUUUGAAAAAAUGGAAUUUCCCGAAUUAAAAUUGGUUAAAGGAAGUGCGUUUAUUAAGAGUAAUUCUAAUAUGUUGGAUUGCAACACCUGGACAGCACCUAUUGGUGGGCGUUCCAUAAUCAGAGGUGGUCAAAUUAAAUGUGUCUCGGGUAAAAACCAGCGUACCCAAAAUUUUAAUGAAGAUGGUGAUUUAGUUGGAAGCACAGAAACUAUUCUACUUAGUGGGAUGAAGAACUCUCUUGACUCUUCUCCCAAAGUGUCUCACGGUAUUAACUCUGCAAUCACUAACAAUUCUACUAAAGCAACUCUUUCGUUCUUCUGCAUUCUUUUGCAGAUUGGUUUUAGUUUAUUUGGCUUGUAUAUGUAG